UCUUGUUUCUUGAGGGGAAGACAGAAGGAGAGCUCCCUCUGGUUGCCAUGAGCUCCACAGUCUCCUGCAGCUGCGAGACCCCCAACUGCAUGGAGAGGGGUGAUGGGAUGCUCAGCUCCCACACUGAAGGCCAAAGCAAGAAACAGGAUGGGCCACAGAAGGAUCCCAGCAACAGUCACCUGGCCUAUGGAAUCCUGGAUAGGCCACCAUGGUAUCUCUGCAUCUUCUUGGGGAUCCAGCACUUCCUCACAGCCCUGGGGGGCCUUGUGGCUGUGCCACUCAUCCUGGCCAAGGACCUGUGCCUGCAGCAUGACCCCCUGACCCAAAGCUACCUCAUCAGCACCAUUUUCUUCGUCUCAGGCAUCUGCACCCUCUUGCAAGUGUUUUUAGGAGUCAGGCUGCCCAUUCUUCAAGGAGGGACCUUUGCCUUUGUGGCUCCCUCUCUUGCCAUGCUCUCUCUUCCUGCCUGGAAAUGCCCAGAGUGGACUCUCAAUGCUAGCCAGGUGAACACCAGCUCUCCUGAAUUCACCGAGGAGUGGCAGAAGAGGAUCCGAGAGUUGCAGGGCGCUGUCAUGGUGGCUUCCUGUGUCCAGAUGCUGGUGGGUUUCUCAGGCCUCAUUGGCUUUCUCAUGCGCUUCAUCGGCCCCUUGACCAUCGCUCCAACCAUUUCCCUCGUGGCCCUGCCUCUCUUUGAUUCCGCUGGCAGUGAUGCUGGGAUCCACUGGGGGAUUUCUGCCCUGACCAUCUUCCUCAUCGUGCUCUUUUCUCAGUACCUCAAAAAUGUCAUGGUUCCUGUGCCCGUUUAUGGAAGAGGGAAGAAGUGUCACAUCUCCAAGUUCAACCUGUUUCAGGUCUUCCCUGUGCUGCUAGCUCUGUGCCUCUCAUGGCUCUUUUGCUUCGUGUUCACUGUCACCAACACCUUCCCUGAGUCCCCCACAGCAUAUGGAUACAUGGCCCGUACAGACACCAAGGGCAGCGUUCUGAGCCAGGCCCCCUGGUUCCGCUUCCCUUACCCAGGACAGUGGGGCCUCCCCACCAUCAGCCUGGCUGGAGUCUUUGGAAUCAUUGCCGGAGUGAUCUCCUCCAUGGUGGAGUCAGUGGGUGACUAUCAUGCCUGUGCUCGGCUGGUUGGGGCCCCACCCCCACCGAAGCAUGCCAUCAACCGUGGCAUUGGCAUUGAGGGCCUUGGCUGCCUGCUGGCAGGGGCCUGGGGGACCGGAAAUGGUACCACGUCCUACAGCGAGAAUGUAGGGGCACUGGGCAUCACCAGGGUCGGGAGCAGGAUGGUGAUUGUUGCUGCUGGUUGUGUACUGCUCCUGAUGGGCAUGUUUGGGAAGAUCGGCGCGGCGUUUGCCACCAUCCCUACCCCUGUGAUUGGAGGCAUGUUCCUUGUCAUGUUCGGGAUCAUCAGUGCCGUGGGGAUCUCCAACCUGCAGUAUGUGGACAUGAAUUCAUCCAGGAACCUCUUUGUGUUUGGCUUCUCCAUUUACUGUGGGCUCGCCAUCCCCAACUGGGUAAACAAGAACCCCGAGAAGCUGCAGACAGGGAUUCUCCAGCUGGAUCAGGUCAUCCAAGUACUCCUCACCACGGGCAUGUUUGUUGGUGGAUUUCUGGGCUUCGUCUUGGACAACACCAUACCUGGCAGCCUGGAGGAGAGAGGCCUUUUGGCAUGGAGUAAAAUCCAGGAGGAUUCUGAGGAGACUUCGAAGGUCUCAAAGGUCUAUGGCCUUCCCUGGGGGAUUGGCACCAAGUUCUGCACAUCUUCAUGUACCCGAAUCCUCCCGUUCUGGCCCAGGAGAGAUCACCACAGAGAUGAGGUGGGAGCGAGCCAGCUCACUCUGUGUUCCCAGACCUCCUCUGGAAAGCACCUGUGGAGUGCUACAGAAACCAAGAUGUGAAUAGAAUGACCCCACCCCAUCCCCCAUCUCCUCAUAGCCAAACUCUGGCCUGCAAAAUGCAAAGAUCUCUGUUCACAAAUAGUCACCCAAGGGUGUGGACCUUCCACACCUCGGUACUGUGGUGGCCUGGCUCCAGAGUGGAUGGUGGGUCUGGGAUCUCCAUGGAAGCUUGGUCUUCUACAACGCUCGGCAUUCUUCUGGUGGAUCGGGAGGAAGAGGCAUGCUGUGGAACAGGGGCAGGCUCUUGCUGAAAGGUGAUGGGGCCAGGCAGCCUGUCAUCCCAGCCAAUCAGGAGACUUACAGGAAGAUCAUAGACUCAUUAGAGCUACAAACUGACUUUAAGGCUACCUGGGCAACUUGGCAAGAUCCUGCCUCAAAAUAAAGAAGUAAAAAGCAAAGCUAGGGAUGCUGGAGAGAUGGAUCCGUGGUUAAGAACACUUGUUCUUGCUGAGGACCCAGGUUCAAUUCCCAGUACCCACAUGGUGGCUCACAACCACCCCCAACUCCAGUUCCAGGGGAUCUGACACCCUCUUCUGACCUCUGUACCAGGAACAUAUUGUGGUGUACAGAUGUACAUGUAAACAAAACACUCAUACACAUAAAAUAAAUAAAUCUGUUUUAAAAAAAAAGCCAA